AUGUUCACCUCGUCUGACACAAAUCUAACCAAUUUGGAUUUUGAACUCGUUGAAGAAUUGCAACAAAACCAAUACUUAAACGAAUCAAUGAUUAAAGAUUUCCUAUCAUCAUCGACACCAAACUCAACUUAUCGUAUUGUCAAACCUAUCAAUACAAAUAACAAACGUUCUGGAACAGUUCAACUACGUCGACAACUAACUGAUGAUGGAACGGGAAAACAAAACACGCCACCGAACUCCACAGGUACAAGUGUGUCGCCGCUAUCAAAUUCAUACAUAAGUCGACUUUCGUCGAAUGAUAACAGUCCUAUUCGAACUACGAAUACUAUUCGCAUGACAUCUCCGGCGACUAUGAUUCAUAGUAACAAUAAUGGACUAUCUCCAUCAACAAAACAAGUCGAUGCAGUGACUUUAUUACUUAAACAGACAAUUGCACCUUCGCAACUUAUACAGACUGUCCAAACACGUUUGGAAAAUCCAACGAAAUAUCAUUUGGAGCAAAUGUGUCGUAAACAAACCUUAGUAGCUGAUGAUGCACCCUCGACAAAUAUAGCAACCCUACCUCAAACGCUACAACAUGAAGAGUCAUCUCCGGACAGCGAAAUUACUUCUGAAAUGGAUGAUCAACUCAACGACGAUGCAACCUGUGGAAGUAUCGAUAGUACAUCGCGUGGAAUCAGCAUAACUCCUCGAUUGUCGACAACUUUGACUGGUGAUCAUGCCGGUUCAAUUUAUCUCUCGUCAUCGAUAUCGAAAGAUUCGAAUGAUAGUGCCAGUCAUCAUUCAUCAUCAUGUCCAACGAAUAUUCUUAGCGCAAAAGCAAAAAUUGGUUUACCAUUAACGGAAGAUGAAAUGCGUUUGGUUAUACGUGAUCGUCAAAAGAAAGAUAAUCAUAAUAUGAUCGAACGCCGACGUCGUUUCAAUAUUAAUGAUCGUAUUAAAGAACUUGGAACUUUAUUACCCAAAGGAACAGAUUUAGAUCUCAAACAAAACAAAGGUACAAUCCUACGUGCAUCCGUUGAUUACAUCAAAAUUUUACGCCGUCAAUAUGAUAAUGUUUCAUUAGUCGAAGAAAAAUGUCAAUUACUUUCCGAACAUAAUUCAGCGUUACAAGAACGUGUUCGAGAAUUAGAGAAAAAAUGUCUCAUAAACGGUAUACCAAUCGAUGAUUCAUCACGAAAAGGCUCAUCAGCCAUAGCUGUGACAACGCCCAGUGUGAUCAAAGAAGAGCCCGCCUCUCUAUCGUCAUCGUUAAAUAAUUCGAUCAAUCCUUUGGUGCCACCUUCAACACCUAUCUUUGCAACAUUCGAUUCCUUUCCACCAUUGGAUUCUUUAUCAGCCUUUGGUCUUGACGACGAUAGUAACGAUACGACGAAUAUCAGUGGACAUACCCAAGGAAAUAACGUCGAUCCUUUAUCGCCAUUAGCUCAUGAUCCAUUCUUAUCUUCGACCUCAUACGGGUUCGAUAAUGAAAUGGAUAUCGGGGGAGUUUUUCCGUGA